UGAGUCACCCCUUUCAUGCAGUGAAACCUUAAAGGGAAGGGUAGGGAGGAUGUAUUGACUGUUAGGAAAACACAGAUUACUGGUGGAAAAUGACAUCCUCUAUUAAUAAGAUCUAAGAGCUCUGGGAAGAGUCUUGACAGAGAACCUGAGCUGGACAAAGCAGCCUUGACCUGAGUGAGCUAACUGGCACCAUGAAAACAUCAGGUGUCUUUCUGCUCCUCUCCCUGGCUCUUUUCUGCUUUUUCUCAGAUGUCUUCAGUCAAGGAGCUCAGGUUGACUGUGGUGAGUUCAAGGACCCCAAGGUCUACUGUACUCGGGAAUCUAAUCCCCACUGUGGUUCUGAUGGCCAGACAUAUGGCAAUAAAUGUGCCUUCUGUAAGGCAGUGGCGAAAAGUGGUGGGAAAAUCAGCCUAAAGCACCGUGGAAAAUGCUGAAUCAGAACCAGUGUUUUCUGCUGAUUUGCCAGCUCUCUCACAUUUCUUUACUUGCUUCUGCUUUUACUUUACUUUUCUUUAGCGAAUCCCUUCAAUUUAUAAAGACACACCUUCUACUCUACCUUGAGCUUAGGGUGUUCCAUAUAUAUUUCCCUUGACUUGCUUGUCAAUAAAGUAAAUUCU